UAUUAGCUAAAAAGCGGAAGAGCUCCCCACACAGCCAGAGCGGACAGACGAGGAAGAGGGGGCGCAAAAACACCACCACCAGACUCACCACCAGACCCUCUCAGGCUCAGCGAGUUGCCGUCGGCGACCGAGCGAAGCUCCCGAUUCGGCGGCGCACCGCUGCUCGGAUUCUCGCCGCCGCGGACGAUCGGGGCCUCCCGAAUCUCCGAUCAUCUCGGUUCCCCCGAUCAGCCGCCGCCGCCCCGCCCCGUCCCCCUCGCUCCCUUGUCGGUAAUCCCGCCCGGCGAAAUUUUCCACCCCCCGGGAGAGGCGCCGCCGCCGCCGAGAGAGGGAAGUAAGGAUCGAGCCCUGACCAGCGCGUCGGUCGAUCGCUCUCCGGCGUUCGCGCGAUUAUCGCUAUCCGUUUGAUUUUUCCUCUGUCGAUCGGCUGAUCGGCGAGUUUUUUUUUCUCCCCGGAGGAGCGCCAGCGCUCUGGAGGCAGGUUCGGGAACCCUAAUCUAUUGAUCGAGCGCUCUCUGUUUCCGCAAUUUUCCUCAUCUUCCUCCGUUUGUCCUUUUCUUUCCGCUUCGAUUCCUCGUCGAUGAGCUGAUUCUAGGAAGUGUCCGAAAUCAAACCCUAGUUCGUUUGUCAAUCGAUCGGCACUCCGUUUCAUCUGUUUUUCGUCGUCUUUUGUCUGAUUCCUCUUCCUUUUUCCUCGUCCCAUCCCCUCACCGGCGAACGCGGUUUUACCUGAGAAGAUAACCAAAGUCUCUCUCUCUCUCUCUAUCUCUCUACCUCUCUCUCAUGGCUAUCGCUACGGAUACGACAAACGCUAACUCCAUAGAAGCUAACAAUCACUCUCCUCGCAAUUCCGCUGGUGCUGCCAAUAGUCCUCGAUUAGGCAGACCGACGAGGACGGCGGUCUCGCCGCAGUGGAACGAGAUCGUCCGUGGAGAAACGGAUAUGACAGAGUCUGUUGAUUUGCUGAGCAAGCUGAGCAUUGCAGUGGCACCGGAGGUUGUCCCGUCUUCAUCUUCUUCGUCUCUGUCUUCGAUUGCAGAGGAGGGGAGCUCCGACAACGGCAAUGUGGGCAAGAAGACUGCAUGGAAGCUGCCCUCGGAUAGCCCCGGGCCCGCUGCUGCCGAGUUCGUCCCAGUCAUGGGGGCUGAUUCGUGGCCUGCUUUGUCCGAGUCAACUAGGUCAUCAACGAAAUCGACUUCGGUUCCUGUGAAAGGUUUAUCUGAUGGAUCAUCAUCCGUGCCGGUGACAGAGGGAAACGGAAAUGCCUCGUCUGUUUCACAGAAGCAACUCACUGAUAAUAAGGAUGCAAAUAUAGCAACAAGCUCCUCUGUGCCUGCACGUCCGAGAUCAAAGAAGCAAAGUGGAUCUACAUCUUCUAGUGGCGGAGUCGCUCAGACAUCAGCAAUAGUAAGCCCUUCAGUUGACCCAAGAUCAAAUAAUCCUUCUGCCAGGGACCAUAACCACAGGAGUGGACCCGUUUCGCAUUCCCAAAAUGGCAAUGAGCACCCUCAACAGCAGCGCAGCUCCCUCAGGCAUCGAAGUGGGGGUAAUUAUUCACGUGGGGAUGGUCCUUACCAGCACAACUAUGGGGUUAGGCGUGAUCAGGAACGUGGAAAUCAAGAACUAAGUGGUCACAGAAAUUUUAACAAUAACAGAGAUUCUCACAUGCCGCAGCAAAGAGCUGCCAUAUCAAGGUAUGGCAGGCCCUCAGCACCGCCGCCUAUCCCGCCUGCUAGUGCAUAUAUUGGACCUGCUUCAGUUCGGCCUUUUGGUGGCCCUGUAGUUUUUCCUGAGGCUCCAGUGUAUUAUGUCCAAAUUCCACCCAUGGAUUUACGGAAUGUUCCUUAUUAUCAGCCCAUACAGCCUCAUAUGGUUUAUUUGCCACCUCCUAAUCACCUCUUGCAUGCUCAAAUAGUUAGACAGAUAGAGUAUUAUUUCAGUAAUGAGAAUCUUGUGAAGGAUAUAUAUUUGCGGCGGCAAAUGGAUAAACAGGGCUGGGUUUCUAUAGCUGUUAUUGCAGGGUUUAAAAAAUUUCAAAUGGAAAACUUGCUCCAGGUCAUGGAGUUGACCACUGAUGUACAGCUCAUAUUGGAUGCUGUGCGAAAUUCAGCUAUUGUGGAAGUGCAGGCCGAGAAAGUCAGGAGGCGCGCUGAUUGGAUGAGAUGGGUCUUGUCUACAUCUGCUCAUUCUUCAGGCAUCACAAGCCCUCGGUUCCCCGACUCUCUGAGUCACGAUACUGUUGCAUCUGGAAUUGAAUCGGUCUCUCUCAAUGUCAGGGAUACAAGAUUUGACUAUAUGGUCGGUCAUGCCGAUGCUCAUGCGGCUAUAUCAAGGACGUUAGAGGAGUUCAAUCGUAUUGGCGAAACAGGCCAGACUAGCACUGCAGGAACAAGCACAUGAAGCACAUGCUGUUGCAUGUUUUACCAAGAGGGGAUCAUGGAGGAUUUGUUACGACUAAUGUUAUGCUUGCUUUGUAGUCUUACCGUGGCUUACAAAUCCAGAGAAAAAGAAAGAAAAGGAGCAGAAGAUACAAUAUCGUGAAAGGGCGGAAGAGCGUGCAAUUGAAGUCCUUGAGUCGUGCUGAUUGCAUGAGUAUACUGGUUUAUUCAUGUGGUUUUGUGGAAAUUUUCUAUAGAUAUUUAUGGUCUAUAUGCUGAUGACAUCAUGAGGGGAUUUUUGUUGCGUGUCCCUUUACUGCCCCUUAGUUCAUUUUUUCAAUCUUUGGGGUCAGAUUACAUUUUCUUUCCGUGUGAAGGACGAUUCUGAUGGCGGGAAGUUACCGAUAGUGGACAACAUAUUGCAUGCGGCGACAAUGGAGGGGUUGGCGUACCAGUUGCGGAAGGUGCGCCGAAAGUCUUGGUACUUACACUCGUGCGCGACUUUCAAAGUUGUUAGCGCUCAUCUCAUUUGUCAAAUACGAAAAAUUAUUGUUUUUUUAAUCGCACUUUCUUCGGGACCUCGAAGAGUUUUUUUUGCAUGUACUACUCCUGGACCAUUGUGUGGAUGAUAUUCCUGAGAGUUACUGAUCUGAUCUGAUCCGAUGCUUUCGGUGGUAUGUGAAUCGGAGAUCGGAAACUCUAGAAACUCUUCUUUUUUUCCUGUGACGGGUUGGGAAUGUUAUAUUCGUACUCUUUACAUUGUGGAGGCAACUGACAGGGACCUUUCUUUUCAUUAAAGAAAAGAGACAUGGACGUUUUCUUUC